UCCCAAAAUGUUCAAAAAAUUAUAAUUAAAUCCCCUCACAUAUUUAGCAACUACAAAACAACCCUAAUGCCGGUAUAUUCAAUUCUUCAAACACCCCAAUUCAAGCAAAUCCUCCUCAACAUCUGUACUACAAUCAACACCCUUCUCAUCAAAAUAUUCUCCACCCUCCUCAAUUUACUAAUUCAAAUUUUCAUCAACACCCAAAUAUGUUUUCUACACAUCAUUACCCUUACCCCCCUCAUUACCAUCCUUUAUAUUACCCAAACAACCAACCAUUCUUUCCAACCUAUCCAAACAAUAUUAUUAAUUUUGGUGAUUCUUCGCAUUCUGACACAAUGCUAAAUUUUCGAGAAAACUUUCCAAUAAAUGAGGGUUUUCAACAUUUUUACCAUCCAAAUUUGCCUACACCCCAACAAGCAACACCGUCAUCUUUUAAUAUUGAGACUAGAUCUCUCGAAGCCUCAAGAGGUAUGAUCGCCUCGACAUCUGACAAUUUGGCACCGUCACACAAUUAUUUGAACCAAGAAAAAAAUAAAACCAAAAAAAGAAACCCAGUAAAAACCAACGAAGAAAAGAUACCCAAGGAGAUUUUUAAUCAUUCAAACGAAGAGGGAUUCCAGCCUUGGAGACCACCAAAUGAACAACCAUCAAAUCCAGACAUUCAGCAUUCACCGGCUCAUGAACAACCGUCCAGUUCACACUUUCAAUAUCCAAACAUUAAGGGAAUUGAUUUGAACGUUAAACUGGAUUCCCCAUAUGAAGAAUUAAACGAUCCACAGUUACAGCAUUCCCCAGAAGAUUCAACUCAUUCCACCGGCUUCGACUCACAAAAUUUGACUCAUGGACAACCAUCUCGUACAAACAUUCAACAUUCAAACUCUGAAGGAUUCGAGACUUGGACACACGCGGAUUCAAUUCAGAGGCAAUCAUCCUCUACACCCUUUCAGCCUUCAAACUUUGGUGCAUUUCAAACCUGGAAACAAACUAAAUUGCCGGAAUCAUCCAAUCCACCAAACAUUGAAGAAUUCCAGCCUUCAACUCAGCCGAAAAAACCUCAAGGAUUUCGACCUUACAAGAAAAGAGGUUAA